UAAAAUAAUGAUGGCAAGAAAACAUUUAAUUACUGUUUAUUGCAUGGUUAUUGUUAAUCUCUUGUAUGCUAAAGAAUAUAUCCCGCCCAAAGAGGGAAAAUGCGAUUGUUUCGGUGAGGAAAUGGAUUAUAUACUCUACAACUAUUUUAAUGGGACAAGGUGGAACAAUAAACUUUUCUGUCAACAUUUGGGCUUGAUGUUGGUUAAUGUGCCGAACCGUAUUAUAGCUUCCAUGCUUCAAAUGUAUUUGGCACAAAAUGGCCGUCCUGGUUAUUUAUACUGGUUAAACUCUGUAUCACAACAAGUCUUCAAUAAAAAACUCGCCAAUCAUGAAUGUUUGGCAGUUGAAAUGGGUUUAUCAUUUCGAGCAAUAAACUGCACUGCUAUUGCUAAUUUUCUUUGCAAAUUUUGAAUGCAAAAUGUCAUGUGAU